AUGUCACAAACGCCGCCGCGAGGGAAGAGACGCCGGACUCAAGAGUCUGAUACUGAAGGCAGCGGACUCGUGGCGGAGGCAGGACGUGAUGCUGGUGACACCAAGGCAAACAAAAAUUCUCCGCGAAAGCAGCCGGCGAGUGAGGAUGUAAAUGGGAAUCCUGAGCCCAUGGAUGAUGCGGAGAAGAGAUAUCGAGCCUGGCGCAAGAAAGGAUCUCCUCACGAUGGCUUCUGCUUCAUCUGCAAACGGGAAACAGACUUGCUGGACUGCUACACCUGCAGGAGAUCAUACCAUCAGCGCUGUCUAGACCAGCCAGUUGACCACUUUUUCCACAGCAACAACUUCUUCUGCCGCGUGUGCGUCAACCGUCAAUGGCAUGAGCACCUCCCUCCGCCCAGCCCUCCGCCCUCCCCGCCACUCGAGAGACAAAGAGUUGCCUUGCCGAGCCACAGGCCAAACGCACAUUCAGACGCCGAAGCCCGGGUGCCGUCCGUUUCGCCAGCUCCUGCUGUGACGCCCAAUCAGAAUACCCAGUCUUCAGGACAGUCGUCCUUUACAUGGCUGUCGCAGAACCAGUUUACGGCUCCUUUGACGCGGUCAAGUACGAUUGCAAGUCCACGCACGUCAACACCAAUGUCAGGCGUCAUUAAUCUCAGCGGUCCUGGUCGCAGUAUCGUGUCUGGUCCACGCGGUCCCCGGUCACGAUUCUCUACUUUGUCUCCGGAAGUCGACGAUGCCGUGUCCUUGCUCCUCAGGGAGUUGGAAUAUCUUGGAGACGCCAGACAGAAAAUCUCACAGCUCGAGGACGUCAUCGUGAGGUUACAGCAAGACGUCCGUAUCAAUGAGAAUGCCCUCAUCCUGGCGCAGCGAAACGCCGCUUCAUCGAACCAGCGUACCUCAGAGGCCUUACGGGUGGAGAAUGACCGGCUGAAGAAGGAAGUGGACGACUUGAGCCAUUUAUUGGCAGACGAGAAGUCGCGGUCACAAACCCACAAGGCGGACGCUGAACACUGGAGAUCACAGGCGUUGAGUAGGCAGGCCGAGCUCGAAGAGCUUAAGGGGAAGCUCAAAAACUUGCUCGGUGGAUGA